UGUUGAGUUGAACUUGAAAGCAAUCAUGGGUUCCUUCAAAAUAAUCUCCAUAUUCGUUCUGGUAGUCCUACUUUUCCCAUCUUUUCACCCCAAAUGCGGAGCUUCAGCUUCUGCUGAAGAGGCUGCUGCUCUUUUGAAAUGGAAAGCCAGUUUUCAGAACCAGAACAACAGCUUCCUAACCUCAUGGAACCUUCAAUCCAUCAACGCCAAAAAGUCGUCUGUCCUUCCUUGCACUUGGGCUGGUAUUUCCUGCAUUGACGGAAGAGUCAACAGAUUGAACCUUUCAGAUUGGAGCAUUCAAGCGUUACGAGCCUGUGAAAGUUCCCGGUUGAUUAAAAAGCAUGUCAACGAUAAAAGCAAGGAACUUGUUCUCAUAAUUGUAUUACCUCUUCUGGGAUCGUGCAUACUUCUUGGUGCAUUGUUCGGUGUUCUCAGAUUGCGUGAUCGGAGAAAACAAAAUUCGAGAGCGGGAGAUACGGAGGUGAAUAAGGGCGGUUUAUUUGCCAUAUGUGCUUAUGAUGGCAAAGCAUUGUAUAAAGAAAUCGUGAGGUCUACAGAAGAGUUCAGUGAAACAUUUUGCAUUGGGAAAGGAGGUUGUGGAAGUGUUUACAAAGCACAGCUUCCAUCAGGCGAGGUAGUAGCUGUAAAGAGACUUCACAACGUACCUAAUGUGGCAAAGGAUAAAAGUUUCUUGAAUGAGAUCAGGGCCUUGACAGAAAUCAAGCAUCGGAACAUUGUGAAACUCUUUGGCUUCUGCUCAAAUGCUCAGCAUUCAAUUUUGGUUUAUGAGUACCUCGAAAGGGGAAGCUUGGCCAAAAUCUUGAGCAUAGAAGAAGAAGCUAAGGAACUAGACUGGCAAAAGAGGUUGAAUAUCGUCAAAGGCGUCGCUCAUGCUUUAUCUUACAUGCAUCAUGAUUGUUCACCACCAAUUGUACACCGAGACAUAUCAAGCAACAACAUUUUGCUUGAUCCAGAAUGUGAGGCUCAUGUUUCAGAUUUUGGCACUUCCAAGUUUCUCAGAAGAGACUCAUCUAACUGGAGUUCUCUUGCAGGCACAUAUGGAUAUGUUGCACCGGAAUUUGCCUACACAAUGAAAGUUAACGAGAAGUGUGAUGUUUAUAGCUUUGGGGUCCUGGCAAUGGAAGUAAUCAAAGGAAAGCAUCCUGGUGACUUGAUUGCUAAUCUAUUGUCUUCAAAGCUUGAAGAGAUAGAGCUAAAAGACUUGUUAGACCAAAGACUUCUGUAUCCCAAUCAAGAAAUUGAAAAGAAUCUGAUAUCCAUUCUCAAACUAGCAAGAGAAUGUCUACAUGUUGAUCCUCAAUGUAGGCCAACAAUGCUCAUUAUUUCCAGGUUGAUAUCUACAUGUUGAUCCUCAAUGUACUAUCAGCAGCAGAUGAUAUGAUGCAGAGUAUGUAUUCUGUGUAAAAAUAAACUCUGCCUAGCGAAUAGAGUUUAUGGAUUUGAUACAAAAACUAGUAUAGGGAGGAAAUUGAGAGUUUGGAGAUGUAUGGUAAUCUUGUCCUGAAAGUAAUAAUUCUAUGACAUUGUCUUCAGUCUUAAUAGUCUUCGAUCUACAUUUAUUAUUA